AUGCGGAGAGCGGUCCCGACGGCUCCCAGCGCCGCUCUGCACGGGCGGCCCUCCCGCAUCGGGAACCCUAGAUACUGCCGGGGGCGACGGGUCCCGCGGGCGCCGGGAUCCUGCCGGGAUCCUGCCGGGAUCCUGCCGGGAUCCUGCCGGGGUCCUGCCGGGGUCCUGCCGGACAGCCUGGCGCAGCUGCCGAACCGGCGGAGCGGGCUCCCGCUCCCCUCUCGACGCCGCCCGGCCAUCGCCGAGCGCUCGCCUUGCCUCGCAGACAGCCCUGGCCCGGUGACCCGCCCGGGCUACUACACGCACCUGGCAAUUCUCGGGAGAAAAAGCAGAAGUUUGGGGUGGCCUCGUCCUUUCCCGUCCCACUGCCCCGCUCACUCCAGCUCGGGAGACGCGGCUCUUCCGAGCGUGUCCCUGCGGGAUCACGUCCCACCGACAGGGACAGCCCGGGACAGGCAGCGCCCGCACCGGUGCUCUCGGCCCCCGCCCGCUCUCCUGGGGCACCUGCCGAGCGUGUGUGCGGGGAAGGCCACCGGCGUGGGCACUGCCUCUGCCUCGCCGGCCCAGCCCGCUCCCCGGGAGCCGUGGGGCACCGUCAGACCCCCGGCAGCGCCUCGGGGGCUGCUGAACCCCGCGGCCGCGGAGGGGCCCCGAGGGCCCUGGCGGGCAGCACGGGUGGGGGGCUCCGCCGCCCCGUCCCGCUCCGGCCGGCGGGGCCGGUGCAGAGGCUACGCAGAUGAAAGGCUGCGCUCGCAGGCGUUCCCCGCGCCGUCAGCCUCGCACCUGGCAUCGGUCGCCGCAGGGGCACAUGUGCGCGACACGCUGCUGCCAGCCGGGCUCGUCGCGCCCGCCCCGUCGGGUCCCUGCCCCGGCGAGCGGCCGGAGAGAGCGCCCGCGUUCGGUGCGAGCCGGACCCGAGCCCGGCGCUCGCCGCUGCUGCCGCGGGGCCUCCGCCGCCGGCCCGGCCCGUUGGGUCCUUGUGGCUCAGGGCGGGAGAGGAACACGGGCCUCGCCAGAGCUGUGCGAGCGGGCACAGAGAGCCGGGGGCCUGAUGAGGCUGAGGAACAGUCUCUGCCUCGGGAACAGCCCUUGCGGGUCGUGGCCGCCGUCGGGCCCCCCGAAAAGGCGCACGGCGGCACCGGGGGAGGGCGGGCUGGAUCAGUCACCGUCGUGCGGCGGCAGCUGCUCCCGGGCCGGGGCCGCUCCACUAGGGCUACCGAGCCAACGCCGCCAGGUCCUGAGACUGCCCCGCGCGUAGGCGGCCGGGUGAGAGGCCCGGGGACGUGGAGGCACCGGGCGGUGGGAGCCGCCGCUGGGGGCUCGGUCGGAGCUGCGGGCUUGCAGAGACCCCCGUGGAAAACCGGCAGCGAGGCCGCCCGAGGGGCAGCCGCCGGUCUCCGUGCCGGCGCCGAAGCUAGACAGCUGUCCCCCGUGCCGGCAAUCCCGUGCCCCGGCCCCCCGAACGCUCCCGCCACGGGCGUUUUGCUGCGCACCGGCAUCGACCGCGGGCGAGUGGGGAAGGCCGGGGCUCCUCAGGGGAGCGAGUCGCGGAGUCCGACUGUGGGUGGAGAAAAACAGGACACGCGCCCGGUCCGGCCCCGCCGCUCGCCCCAGCCCCGCCGCUCGCCCCGGCUGACCCCGCGCCCCGGAGCCUCUGCCGUGCCGCCGCGCGCCAGCAGGGGGCAGGCUGCGCCCGAGCCCCGCCGCACCGGGCACCGGGCCCGGGGUCAGCGCCCGCCCCGGGGCAGCUCCGCUCCGCCGCUCCGGCCGCGCACCGCACCGCCGGCGCUCUCCGCACCGCUGGACCGCGCGGCCCGCGCCGAACUGCGGCCUGCGGAGCACCCGGCGCUGGUCGCGCCCAGCUCAGCAGGGGAGCGGGCGGUGCCCGUCGGUAACCGCGGAAAAUACCCGGCAGCCAGCCGGGAAUGCGCGCAGACAGACUGCGCGGACGCCCACGCGUCCGCCGGCACCGCACGCUUAUGCGGAGAGAGCCCGGCGCCCCCCUUCCCUCAUGCGGAGACGCCCCUGGCCCUCCCGAGCUCCGCGCGGUUCUGUCCCUCUCACGACCGGGGUCCCGCUGCGCUCCCCGGUACCGCGUGCCUGUGCACCGGGCGGGACCGACGGGGCUGGCAGCGGGGAGCGGGCGGCGGGUCCCGGCGGCCGGUGGGGGAGGAGGUGCAGAGGGCUCGGCCGUUGAAGCCCGGAGCGGUGAACUUGGACGGGGCUGUCCCGCACACGCCGCGCACCGCACCGAACCCUGCGCGUUCUAAAGCGUUCGCGACCAACCCGAGCGGGCAGCGCUGCUGCGGGAGGGGGCACGGGCCCCGCCGCCGCAGAGGCACCGCAGCCCUCGGGCCGCUGCUCCGCCUGAGCUUUCCCGCUGGCAGCCUCGGCGUGACGGUUCGGAGCCGCCCUUCCAAAAGGGGCGUGAGCGGCGCGAUCCCCGGUGCCCAGUCCCGCGUGCCCGCCGGGGCCGGUGGCGCUGCCGCCGCCCGCGGGACAGACCCGCGUCCCCGCCGGUCCCGGGCGCCCCGAGGAAGGGUCCUGCCGCUCCCUGCCCGCGGCCCGGCGCCGGACGCGCGCUGCUACCUACCCCGGACAGGGCAGGGGCCAAGAGCCGCCGUCGGGCCAGGAGCAGCGCGGGGCGCGGACCGGGGAACGGAGCAGCCGGGGCCCCGCUCCUCCGCCACCCUCGGCAGCCAAGAUCGUUCUCCCCCUCCGCGGCCCGCGGGGGCACGGCGCGACCCGGGCCCGCGCCGCCCGCGCCACCGGCCUCCCCGGGGUGCUCGGAGCCGGCCGCCCCGGGCGCCGCCGCGCUUCGGGGGCCGCGGGGGCCCGGCGGGGCCGGGGCACUAUUUGACGUCGAGGAGACGGAUCACCGUGGCGCAGCGAUACGCCGCGCACCAAUGGAGUUCAAAUGUCAGCAAGUUUGAGGAGGGGUGA